AUGACGUGCUGUACUAUGACACCACCCGAUCUCAACCUUCCAGGUCCAUCUCGUUACGUCCAGCAGUCGAUUGCCAUCGAUAGCUCCUGCAAGAGUUUCGCGCCGAUGGCUGCUCCCUACAUUUCCCUGCCCCACCAGCAGCGCUUGCGAGCCGACACUCCUCCUCUCGAUGAUGAGCUCGAUCACAUCAAGCCGUUUGAUGGUCACAAGCCCAUCUAUCACGGCGACUUUGACUCGCAGCUGAGGCGUGUUCUCAACGACAUUGACAUACACGGCUGCGAAGCCAACGGCGAGAAUGCGUUUUUCGUCGCCGACCUCUCCGAAGUGUACCGCCAGCACCUUCGCUGGAUGCGCGCUCUUCCCCGCAUCGUUCCCUUCUACGCCGUCAAGUGCAACCCGGACCCUUACGUGCUGCAGCUGCUCGGCGCGCUCGGAACCGGAUUCGACUGUGCCUCCAACGGUGAGAUCGAAGCUGUGCUCAAGCUGGGCAUUAACCCUGCCAGGAUCAUCUACGCUAACCCAUGCAAAGCCGCCAGCUUCGUUCGUCACGCGGCUGCGCACAAUGUCGGGCUGACCACGUUUGACAACAUGGACGAGCUCGAAAAGAUGAAGCGAUACCACCCGUCUUGCAAGCUCGUGGUGCGUAUCUUGACGGACGACUCCAAGAGCGCCUGCCAGCUAGGCCUCAAGUUCGGCGCACCGCUUGCUUCGGUGCCUCGCCUGUUGGAGCGCGCACGCGAGCUUGAGCUCGACGUUGUGGGCGUCAGCUUCCACGUUGGCUCGGGUUGUUACGACCCUGAUUCAUUCCGCGAUGCCGUCUACCGCGCACGCUGCGCGUUUGAGAUGGGCAAGCAAGCAGGUUUCAGCUUCGACCUCCUCGAUGUCGGUGGUGGUUUCGGCCAUGACAAUUUCGAGAUGGUAGCAGGUGUGCUUGGCCCUGCCAUCGAUGCCUACUUCCCGGACGAGGACUUUGCGCCCGGUGGCAAGGAAGUUGUCGGCAAAGUCAACGGCCUACGAAUCAUUGCAGAGCCUGGCCGGUUUUACGUUCACUCUGCCUUUGCGCUCGCUACCAACAUCAUUGCGGUUCGUCGUGGCGAGCCUAGCGCGGCGAUGGACCAUGUCGAAGCAACUGCGCCUAAAGCGCAGGUGAUGUAUUACCAAAAUGAUGGACUGUACGGUUCGUUCAACUGCGUGAUUUUCGACCACGUCAAGGUUCAUCCGAAAGUUCUGACGCUGGGCCACGAGUACGUGUACGAGCCGACGAUUGGGUCGCCCGGGGUGCGAGCGGUGAGUGCGGCCGACUCGCGCUUGCAGCAGGAGGCCAUGACUCUCGAGUCGUGCAGCGUAUGGGGUCCUACGUGCGACUCGAUCGAUUGCGUACGCGAUCACGUCGAGCUCCCCAAGGGCCUCCAGGUAGGCGAUUGGCUCGUCUACGAAAACAUGGGCGCUUACACCAUCUGUGCCGCUUCCACAUUCAACGGUAUUCGCCGCUCCGAAAUUCGCUACACCCUCGGACACGGCCAAGACGCCGACAUCGUACGCCAGCUCAUGCUCCAAUAA